AUGAAGCACGCGACAUCCAGCCGACCCACCGGCGUCCAGCCAGCGACCUGUGCCAGAGCACAGGGCGGACACCCAGAAGACAGGGGAAGGCAGAAGAAGGAGAACGCCGAGGGGCCACUGCGGAGUGACGUGAGAUUGGAGCCCCGACCUAUCCCCAUUCCCACGGCCAUCAGCCCAGGAGGUCCUCCUGAUGUCGGAAAGAUGCUAGGUGGGGAGGAGAAGGAGGAAGAUCCAGAUGCAGCAAAGAAAGAGGAGGAAAGGCAGGAGGCGCUCAGGCAGCAGGAGGAGGAGAGGAAGGCCAAAUAUGCCAAGAUGGAGGCAGAAAGGGAAAAUAUGAGACAAGGCAUCAGGGAUAAGUACGGCUUGAAAAAGCGCGAGGAGGCCGAAGCGGAGGCUGCAGCCGCGGCAGAGGAGCCCGCGGCUGGCAGCUUGACCCGACCAAAGAAGGCGGUGCCCACCGGCUGUGGGGAUGAAGAGGAGGAAGAGAGCAUCAUGGACACAGUGAUGAAAUACCUGCCAGGUCCACUCCAGGAUAUGUUAAAGAAGUAA